AUGAAAUGCCAACUCCAUCAAUGGGUCCUCGAGGAUCUUGAAGAUCCAGACCUCGUUUCAGAGGAUGAGGAUGGAUCAGCUGAGAUCACUCCUGCUGACCCUCCAGCUGAGGGCCCCCUCUUACCUGCUCCUAUGGCUGUUCCAGAGCCUCCACCAGGUCUCCUUUUCUUCCCGGCUCCUGCACCUGCUCCGCAGCCUUCAGUGGAGGUCCUGUCCUCCCCUCCUACUGCACCUGCUCCACAGCCUUCAGUGGAGGUCCUCUCCUUCCCGGCCCCUUUGGCUGUUUCAGAGCCUCCACCAGGUCUCCUCUUCUUCCCGGCACCUUCACCUGCUCCGCAGCCUUCAGUGGAGGUCCUGUCCUCCCCUCCUACUGCACCUGCACCUGCUCCACAGCCUUCAGUGGAGGUCCUCUCCUUCCCGGCUCCUUUGGCUGUUCCAGAGCCUCCACCAGGUCUCCUCUUCUUCCCGGCACCUGCACCUGCUCCGCAGCCUUCAGUGGAGGUCCUCUCCUCCCCUCCUCCUGCACCUGCUCCACAGCCUUCAGUGGAGGUCCUCUCCUUCCCGGCUCCUUUGGCUGUUCCAGAGCCUCCACCAGGUCUCCUCUUCUUCCCGGCACCUGCACCUGCUCCGCAGCCUUCAGUGGAGGUCCUCUCCUCCCCUCCUCCUGCACCUGCUCCACAGCCUUCAGUGGAGGUCCUCUCCUUCCCGGCUCCUUUGGCUGUUUCAGAGCCUCCACCAGGUCUCCUCUUCUUCCCGGCACCUUCACCUGCUCCGCAGCCUUCAGUGGAGGUCCUCUCCUCCCCUCCUACUGCACCUGCACCUGCUCCACAGCCUUCAGUGGAGGUCCUCUCCUUCCCGGCUCCUUUGGCUGUUUUAGAGCCUCCACCAGGUCUCCUCUUCUUCCCGGCACCUUCACCUGCUCCGCAGCCUUCAGUGGAGGUCCUGUCCUCCCCUCCUACUGCACCUGCACCUGCUCCACAGCCUUCAGUGGAGGUCCUCUCCUUCCCGGCUCCUUUGGCUGUUCCAGAGCCUCCACCAGGUCUUCUCUUCUUCCCGGCACCUGCACCUGCUCCGCAGCCUUCAUUAGAGGUCCUCUCCUCCCCUCCUCCUGCACCUGCUCCACAGCCUUCAGUGGAGGUCCUCUCCUUCCCGGCUCCUUUGGCUGUUCCAGAGCCUUCACCAGGUCUCCUCUUCUUCCCGGCACCUUCACCUGCUCCGCAGCCUUCAGUGGAGGUCCUCUCCUUCCCGGCUUCUUUGGCUGUUUCAGAGCCUCCACCAAGUCUCCUCUUCUUCCCGGCACCUUCACCUGCUCCGCAGCCUUCAGUGGGGGUGCUCUCCUCCCCUCCUCUUGCACCUGCACUGGCUCCACAGCCUUCAGAUGCACCACCUCAACCCCAGAUGCCCCUGUUUUCUCAGCAAAAGAAUGCAGAUGCUGUGAAGGAUGUGGAGGUUGGGAACGGUUCUUCAUCAUCUCAACUUUCACCUCACAGUCAAGUGCCUCCUCUUGCCUGUUCCUCCGUGCCUCCGUCUAGGAAGCGUCGGGCUCCUUCAUCUUUACAGCAAAGCUAUGGAGUUCAGGGUGAGGCGACACCUAAGAGAGCCAGACUGUGUCCAUCAAGCAGCGAUAUUAAAGCUCAACCUUCAUCUCCUAAUGGCCUGUCGACCAAAGUUGCGCCUCCUCAGCCGCAGACACCUCCGUCCUUUCAGUAUACAGAUAAAAUUCAGGACAUGGAGGUUGGGAACACUCCUUCUUCAUCUCAACUUUCACCUCCUCAUUGUCAAGCGCCUCCUCUCGCCUCUCCUCCUUCUAGGAAGCGUCGGGCUCCUUCAUCUUCACAGCAAAGUUAUGGAGUUCAGGGUGAGGUGGAGGCGACACCAAAGAGAGCCAGACUGUGUCCAUCAAGAAGCGAUAUUAAAGCUCAACCUUCAUCUCCUUAUAGCCUGUCGGCUAAGGUCACGCCACCUCAGGCACAACUUUCACCUCCUCAAAAUCAAGCGCCACCUCUUGCGUCUCCUCCUUCUAGGAAGCGUCGGGCUCCUUCAUCUUCACAGGUAGAUUUAAAUCGAAGCCUUUAA